CGAAGCAUCAGUCCUCAAAUCAAGGAACAGCAGCAACCAUGAGGGCAUUCGUGAUUCUGGCGCUCGCCGCGACGGCGAUGGCGCGGCCGGAAGCCGGAUACUCCUACAGCCAGCCUAGCAGUAGCUACGGUGCUCCCGGCGGCGGCGGUGGAUUCGGCGGAGGCGGCGGAGGAGGCGGCGGAGGGAUAUCCCUCGGAGGAGGCGGCGGAGGGGUCGGCGCUUUGUUUGAAGGUGGUGGCGGUGGCGGUGGAUUCGGCGGUGGCGGUGCAUUCGGCGGAUUCGGCGGAGGAGGUGGCCUCGGCGGCGGGGUUGGCGGUGGUGGUAUCCAAGUACAGUCACAGUUCGGCGCAGGUGACGGAGGUGGAUUCGGUGGUGGAUUCGGCGGUGGCGCGCUCAUUCAAAAACACAUCUACGUUCACGUACCACCUCCGGAGGCUCCUGAAGAAAGAGUGAUCAGGCCGAUCGCGCCGCAGGGUCCGGCGCAGAAGCACUACAAGAUCAUCUUCAUCAAGGCGCCCACUCCGCCGACCCCGACCGCUCCGGUGAUCCCCGCGCUGCCGCAACAGGACGAGCAGAAAACGCUCAUCUACGUGCUGGUCAAGAAACCCGAAGAGGCACCCGAGAUCAGCCUGCCCACCAUCACGCCCACUCAGCCCAGCAAACCGGAAGUCUACUUUAUCAAAUACAAGACGCAGAAGGAAGUUACCGGUGGCGGCGGCGGCGGCGGCGGCGGCGGUUACAGCGGUGGAAUCGGCGGUGGUAUCGGCGGCGGCGGAAUCGGCGGUGGUAUCGGCGGCGGCGGCAUCGGCGGCGGUCACGGCGGCGGAAUCGGCGGCGGAAUCGGUGGCACCGGACCGAGCGGACCCAGCACGAGUUACGGGGCACCCAGUGGUGGAUCCGGGCCAUACUAG